AUGCACGAUAUCAAAGACAGUUCACCUAGCAAACACGAACACAGCAUGACCCGCGAAGCGUCUGAUACAGACGACUCCCCAGGGAAUAUCCAUAUACGCGCGCCGCCUCCAACACCAUACCCCGAACCGGCCAUCGCCCACCUACUGCAACAGCAACAGCAACAAAACCGGCAACGCGAAGCAGCCUCCCAAGCCGCGAUGGCGCAUGAAAGCACGUUCCCAUCCCCCAUCCCCCAGCCCCAAACCCUCCUACCCCCAAACCUCCACAAAACAGUAACCAUCCAAACGCACCCAAUCCACCGCCCACCCCCAUUCCCGAGCCCCCCAACCUCAACUCCUCCCCAGCACAACCAGCACCCCCAACCCAACCCCAAGACCCAAACCCUCCACCUAAGAAUCUACACCCCAAAACCCCAAGGCUACACCCCGGCCAACCUCCCAGUCUACCUCUACUUCCACGGCGGCGGCUUCUUCACGGGCACAUUAGCAAGCGAAGACGCCACCUGCGCACGCCUCGUCUCCGCCCUCUACACCCGGGGCACACCCAUCAUCCUCAUCAGCGCAGACUACCGGCACACACCCACGGUAUCAUACCCGGACCCCUACGAGGACGCAUGGGCGGCGUUCUGUUGGCUCGAACGCCGGAUCGCGUGGUUGAAUGGUGAUCCUACCCGGGUGGUCGUCGGCGGGGAGGAUGCGGGUGCGGCGCUGGCGGCUUGGGUUGCGUUUUUUGCACGCACGAAUGUUGCGGGUCGCAGCGAGGUUGAGACGCGCUCGGCGAGGGUAGUGAGGGUUGUUGGGCAGGUGCUUUGUUGUCCUUGGAUGCCGUUUUUGGAUCGUGGGGUCGCGGAAGGGUGGGGGUUUGAGCCUUUUGCUGGGGUUGAGGCUUGGGAGGUUGGGUUUGGGGUUGGUGAUUAUUGGGGUUUGAGUGAUGAGGAGGAGGGGUUGGUGUUUGAGUCUGAGUCUGAGUUUGAGUUUGAGGAGAGUGAAGAGGAGGAGGAGGGUGAUACAGGGGCAAGGAGGGACGUGAUGUCUGAGACUGGGCAGGAAGAGGAGCAGGCGGAGGAGAAGGAGGAGGAAGGAGGCUACGGUUUCUACCGUGACUUGCUGGACGUCAACCGCGUCGAGCCCGGCCACCACGCCAUCGGCAUGUGGUCUGCCCUCGGCGCCAUGCCGCGCACUUAUAUCCUGACCUUUGCCGACAGCUUAUUAAAGCAGCGGCAGCUGUUGUUUGCUACGCUGCUCUUGCGCGAGAAAGUCGACGUGCAUAUCAAGACGCUCCCCGGCUCAGGGCACGACGAUGACAAGGACGCUGGAUUGCUGCCGGUUUCGCAUCCCUGGGGUCCCGAGUUGGUCGAGGCGCUUGAAUGGGUGCUGCGGCCCGAUGCGACUAUCCCCCGCGCGUCGCGGCAUACGGCCGGUGCGUGA